CGUGCGCAGUCAGUCCCGGUGUGAUGACGCUGUGUUUGUUGUCUUAACCGAGUGUCGUCAGCUAUUAAACGCAUGUUGCAGUUAUGUAGCACGUAGAGGGACGACUUGACCCCGCUGAACGUCGGCUAAGCCCGCAGUCCGCGUGCGGGACUCACGGCUCACCAGCUAGCGCUAGCUAGCAUUGACUUAGCUAGCCCGAGGCUAGCAGCCGAGCUGGUGCGUUUGUUCCCCCCCCCCCCCUCCUCUCGUCCGGGCGGCUAGCCGAGUGUCCGCGGAGCAGAAGACACCGCGCGGCCGCCUCCUUAUGCUGUUGCUGGUCUGCGGGGUCCAGCUAAGAUGUGGCAGAGUGUUGGUCUCACGCUGCUGGUCAUCGUGGCCACGCUGGUGUGCGCGCUCCUCUUCAUGCUGUUCGGUUGGUUUGUAGUCUGGCAGCUCUUCUUGUCCAAGUUCAAGUUCCUGCGGGAGCUGGUGGGGGACGCCAGCACCCCUCCAGCCCAGUCGCAGCCGUCCGAGUCCAAGAGCGAGCGCACAGCGAGCGCCGCGCCCCGAGGCCGGCCCAGGUCCGCACGCCAAAGAGUCGCCUCUCAGGAAAGCCUUUCAUAGGUCACCCACAGCGUAUCCCGCCACCAACCCCACCCCCUCUCGCCGCCACCAGCCUCUACAAGCGGUGUGUGUGAUCAAUCAGAAGCCCUGCUACACUACACAAGGACCACGUGCAGGGCCGGUACUCAGCCCUCCUCUUCACCACGACACUUUAAAGCCAGCGGCCGCGUCGCCUGCUCUCAAAGGGAAAAGCCAUUUCCGUCAGCUGUUCACGUGUGUCACUAUGCAGGGGGCAGCGAGUCUGGACCUCCUGUGUUCCCGUAGUGGGGACGAGCCGCGCUGCCUCCUGCACCCACGCGUAGUGUGAAGAUGCUCCGUCACUAGAGAGAGAGACGCGUUAACGCUCUUAAACCUGCGUGUUUUAAUCUUGUGUUUCCAACAGAACAAAGUCCUAUUUUGUACCAAGUAAGCCAGAUAAAUGUAAAAAAAAAAAAUAGAAAUCAUAGACAACAACUGAAGCGGGGAUUUGUACAAACUGAUAACUUUCUUUUCUUGUGCAAUGAAAUGAAUGUUUACGCCGUCAUUUACUUGCUUCUCUGCGCGCUUCCAUCCACGGGGGGGAAAACUGUCUCGCUCCAAGACGAAGAGGACAAAUGACUUCCAGUUGUGUAAAACGGGAAAUGUCUUUCUUGCCACUUCUCCUUCACCCUUUUGAAUCGAAUUGUAUAGAUUUGUACUUGAAGAGGGGCCAGGAGAAGGUCGGCGUCGGGGCGGCCCCUCCCCGUGCCUCUGUCUGCACCAGUGCCUGACCACAAGGCACGUCACAUGACCUCCUCUCUGCACUGCCCACAGCAUCAUCAGUACACGCCCACGCUAAGCUAAUCAAUAUUUAUGUAUUAUUCUCCCUCCGAGUCAAACUCAUGUAACUGUUGCACCUUUUUUAAUCAGCAGUGAUUUGUUUUCUCUCAGUGGAGCAGGAGCUUCAAAUAAAUAAUGCCAUGAA